GCCGUGGCUUUAUACCAUUAUCUGAUGUUUGUGGGGACCAAAAGGCCGGGACUCGCUGCAGGCACCGCCACAAACUGGACCAGCUGGAAGUGUCCAGUGAGUGGUGCUGUCUUAUUGCUAUAUUGUGAACCCUAGUGGAGGGGCACAUUCUGAAACUCUUGUCCUGGGCACCAAGAGCGCUUGUGCCAUUCUUAGCUGCACAACCACAGCAAGCUGACCACACUGGGUGCAGCAUGGCAUAUUGAAGGCACAAAAAUAAUCACUUAGAAACAGAAAUGUGACUAUUAGGGCUGUUACCCAUAGCAACCAAUCACAUAGCUGCUUUUACUUUCCAUAAGGUUUCUGAAAAAAUGAAAGCUGGGACCUGAUUGGUUGCUAUGAUAGGCUUCUCUAAUGGUAGUGCAAAAAUUGAGAAAAAUGCCCUGGCAACCAAUCAAUUUUCAGCUUUUAUUUUCCUAGCACAUGAAAGCUGCGAUUUAAUUGCUUGAUCCUGGCAAGAAAACCCCACGACUGCGCAGCCGCCUCUCCCAGCACGCCCUACAAGUUCACCACAAGUAUCAGAACAAGUCAGAGCAGGGGGGCGUGUUUAUAACGCCCCGCCCCUUCCCGGGCUCAUAAUAGACGAGGAGUGAAUGGAGCAGUGUGUUAUGUGUCAGUCACUGGUGCAGAUGGCCGGCGGCAGUCUCUGCGGUACCGCGCUGCUUCUACACUGCGCUCUGCUGGCGGCGGCCGCCAUCCGGUGUCCUCAGGACCAGUAUGUGGACACCGCGGAGGGACGAGACGUGUGCUGCAACUACUGUGCCGCAGGUCAAGAGAUAUCAGAAGUAUGCACACCCUGGAAUAAAGCAUCAAAAUGUACAAAUUGUAAGGAAAACCACUACAAUCCCAAGAAUGCCAGAGAUAGAUGCCAGCGGUGCACUGUCUGUAACAAAGCUGAAGGCAGCAUUGAGAAAAAGCCAUGUACCAAAAGCUCCAAUGCCAUUUGUGAAUGCCCUGAAGGAAGUACACAAAAAAAUGAGCGCAGAACCGCCUGUCGAUGUGGCAAAGGAAAAGAGAUUAUCGAGAACAGUAUGUGAAUGCCAGCCCUGCAAGUCUGGAUAUUUUUCAGCUAAAGAAAAUGGUGCCUGUCGUCUAUGGACAAACUGCAGCGCUAUGGGUCAGAAAGUUUUAGAGCAAGGGUCUGCCACAGAAGAUGUGAAGUGUACCAUACCCACUCCUGUGACUGCUGGCCUUCUCACCACUUCAUGGACACCAAUUUCUUCCAGUCACAGAUGGAAAGUAACCAGCCUUAAGAAUUUUACUACUACGAACCAUAUCGCGAUCACCCCCCACCUCCCCACUCCUAGCAGUAUUGACUGGGGGACUCUGUCAUUAAUUGUGAUUGGCGUCGUCCUGCUCUUAGCAUCUGCUGGAGUAAUCCUCACAACGAUAACCCAAAUAAAUCGUAAGAAGACCAACAGACGAUUCAUUAGAGGUGAGAGGUGCAAAGUUCCAGUACAAGAGGAGAGCACGAGUUCAGACUCCAGUCUCACUAAGGAUUGUCCAGCAUGAGGGGCGUCUCCGAUCGGGGGGCAGUUUCAUCAGCUGCUUAUUACUCACUGGCAUCCAGUGGCUUAUUCUCCACAAACCAGUUCAGUAUGGGACUGCGACACUGCAGGAGCUGCCUGAAGACUUUCCUGCGAAAAUCUAACUUCAUUGUGACUUCAAUUUUCAGACAUUUAACCCUGUAGCGAACAGACCGUUAAGAAAAUAUUUUUUAAUAAGAAUAUUUUUAAGAGCUGUGUUUCAAUUGUUUAUUUUUUUUAAAUUUUAUUUUUAGGUUCUGCCCUGAU